CUGCCACAUCUCAUCUGUCACUCAGAACCGCCAGUACUUCCGCUCUGUCAGGGGACCUUCAAAGCGCAGCAGGAACGCGACUGCGCAGCAGGGAGCGCUUGACGCCGGACAGAAGAACUGCGAGAUGAAGAAGGACAGCGCCCUGAGCGGAAUGGGAACCAGUUCUGAACGCGUUCAGCAUCGCAAUGGGACAAUCUCGGUUUCCGGGGAUCUUCAAUCCUAGGACUUGACGUCGUUGGGGCUUUGAUGUGCUGCAGAACUAGUCGACCCUCCAAGCAUGAAUCAGUAGUCUCCUCAAAUCAACAGCGCUACAGGGUCCAGGACAGAGGUCAGAGCCGGCCCAGAGGACCAGGAUGUUCACCGGCUCCACCAAGAACCCCCCCGCCAAGACCCCCCAGCCUGACAGGCUGGAUGAGGUCUACGCAGCCCUGCGACGCGGCCUGCAGUCCUACCUGCAGGUCCACCAGCUCGAGCUGGACAGCCUGGGCCAGCAGAUCAGAGAGAACAAAAGGAACGGCCGUCUGGGGUCUCUCUAUGAACAGGAUAAGCAAGUGAAGGCCAUCGAGAGGUUCAUGCGGCGCCUGGAGUUCCACCUCAGCAAGGUGGAGGAGCUGUAUGACGCCUACUGCAUCCAGCGCCGGGUUCGGGACGGAGCGAGCAAGAUGGUGGCGGCAUUCCACUCGGCCAGCGGCAGCCGGGAGGCCCGGGAGAGCCUGAGUGAGGCCAACAAGGGCUACAGGGAGUGCACCGAGCACAUGUGUUCGCUGGAGAGCGAUCUGGAGAGCCAGAUGGGGGAGUUCCACAUAAAGAUGAAAGGUCUCGCUGGGUUUGCACGGUUGUGUGCCGGGGACCAGUACGAGGUGCUGAUGCGCUACGGAAGGCAGCGCUGGCGCAUGCGGGGCCGCGUGGAGGUGAGCAGUCGGCAGGUGUGGGACAGCGAGGACUAUAUCUUCCUGCCCCUGGUCACCGAGCUGCUGUCCAUCAAAGUGACGGAGCUGAAGAGCCUGGCCAACCACGUGGUGGUGGGCAGCGUCUCCUGUGAGAUGCUGGACCUCUUCUGCCCGCUGCCUCAGACCCUGGCCGUGGACAUCAACGACCUGGGCACCGUCAAGCUCAACCUAGAGGUGACUUGGAGCCCCUUCGAUAAGGACGACCAGGUGUCCUCCGCCAGCACCGUGACCAAGCGGCUCUUAUCCAAUCAGAGCCCUCCGGACACGCCCUCCAUGCGGGAGCAGGUGUUCUACUCCCUACUGCGGCGUCAGGGCGACCCGGAAAACGGGACUCUCUGGUCCAACUCCUCCGAGUCGUCCGACGACUCGUCCAGCCCGGCGCUGGGGGGCCACGCCCACCGGCUGGCGGGGGCGUCGCCUGCGCUGCAGGCCACGCCCCCCCGACAGCUGUCCUUCGCCCCCCGCCAGCCCAGCACCUCCACGCCCUCGCUCUCGUCCAAUCAGGGGGAGGACGAGCCGGAGGAGGCUGGGCCGGAGGCGGGCUUCACCCAGAUGCUGGGGGCCCGCAGCUUCUCAGUGCCCAACGGCCACCUGCAGAGCUCCAAGUCGGACCCCCACCUGGGGGGGGUGGCGCCCCACGAGCCCCCCCAGCCCCGCAGCACCUCCUUCCCCAGCGUCUUCUCCCCCAGCGCCGCCCUGCUGGGGGGGCGGGCCGACGUGCUGGCAGAGUGCCACUCGUCAGAGGAGAGCGUCUGCAGCCAGGGGGGGGGCCCAGGGGGGGGCCAGGACUCACCGGCCCCGGGCCCCGGAGAAGACAGAACCAGGGGGUCGGGGGGCCCGCUGGGCCGGAGCUUUGAGGAGGAGGAGGAGCAGAAGGGUUCUGAGGAACACAAGGAGGAGGCGAAGACUGAGGAGACGCAAAGGGUCCGCUGCUCCAGCUCCUCCAGCUUCACCCAGGAGGUGGAGACGGCCCUGGAAAGCUUCGACUUCCUCAACUGCUCAGACCUCGACGAAGAGGAAGAGGAGGAGGAGGAGGAGGAGAAGCAGGGGAAGCAGGAGGAGGAGUGGGAGGAAGACCAGAAGGAGGAGAAGGAGGAAGACCAGAAGGAGGAGAGGGAGGAAGACCAGAAGGAGGAGAGGGAGGAGAAGCAGGAGGAGAAGAAGGAACAAGACAUAUCAGAGGAGGAGGAGAAGGGGGUUGAACCUGGCUCCGUGGACGAGGAUGUGAAGGAGCAGGAAGUGGAUGUGAAGGAGCAGGAAGUGGCUGUGGAGCAGAUCUACGCUGGUGACAGCGAUGACCACCAGGAGGGGGAGGGGGCGGAGCUAGACAUCCUCAUGGAGGCUCCGGAAGGCUUCCGCAACUCGGACGAGGACUGCUGCUACUUAUCGCAGGGGUCGAGUGCUGAGGACCUGCAGGAGGCCUGUGACGUGGAGACGGGGGCGCUGACCCAGGAGGAGGGUAAGGAGCUCAGAGGAGACUCAGACCAGUGUGAGGAGGGUCACGGAGGUUCACGGUCCCUUUCUGUUUGUCCUCAAGAGUCUGUCGGGAGGCGGGACUGUCCCUCUACCAGCACCACGGCCGCCGCAUACUCAUAACAGCCCCGGCGUGCCCCCCCCGCCCCGCCCAGAUUUGCCAAUUUAUAUAUAAAUAUAUAUAUAUAUAUAUAUAUAAUCCCAGUGUGACACUGCUGGAGCCAUGGUAUCCAGGAGAUACCAAUGACAAGCAGACUCUGCCUAACAGGAGGAGGAUGUGCAGAACGAACGCCGACCGGCAGAGUGUGGGGGUUGUUAUGAAUCCUGAUUAUCAUUUAGAGAAAAACAUUUGAUUCCAAAGCAGUCCUGCCUCCGCCCCCACAUCUUUCUGCUGCUCUGCGCCAAGGCAGAACACGGCUUGACGCUUUUAAUUUGAAAAUUCACAAGUGUGUCUUUGUGUGGUUGUUGUCUUGAGGCCGCCGUUAUUUAUGGUCACGCGCGUCUCUCAGCGAGCCGGACAGGCAUGGAUCGGCUCACUGCUCGUCCACUCAGGGCUCGUCUCCACUACAGUGUUCGGCCCUCAGUGUUGACCUCCUGAGGACCUCUGAGGGAACACUACAGUCCAAACAUCAAAGGUUCUCCUGAGGAGCCGCUGCCAACUGAUGGAUCUUCAAUAACCACUGAACCAAAGCCCCCCCCCCCCCGUCUCCGGUACAGCAUCCUGUCCACUCGGUCCGACCCAACCCAGGGAGGGGGGUUUUAAUGGGGGGCGUAGGGGAACUUUUUAGGGGCUAAGGCAGUCCGGACACAAUGCCCCUGUGUGUCGGGGCUCAGUCCACCAGACGGCAGCGCUGUGGAAAAACAGUUGAGGGACGGCCCUGGAGCCAGGCAUUUCCCCCUUAUUCCUUCAGACCGGCCUGGUCAUGCUACAGAGUUCAGAGGUCAGAGGUCAAUCCUGCCCAGGGGGGGCAGAUUGGCUAAGAAGCUCUGCUGGAUUCUGAUUUCACAAAAGCCACUAAAGCCACUAGAACUGUUGAGAUACACUCUGGGUGCAAUAUGGAGAGUACAGAGACAGGGUGGUCUGUAGAGUACAGAGCAGGGUGAUCUGUAGAGUACAGGUUGGUCUGUAGAGACAGAGCAGGAUGGUCUGUAGAGUACAGGCUGGUCUGUAGAGUACAGAGCAGGUUGGUCUGUAGAGUACAGAGCAGGCUGGUCUGUAGAGUACAGGCUGGUCUGUAGAGAAAAGAGCAGGAUGGUCUGUAGAGUACAGCGCAGGAUGGUCUGUAGAGUACAGACUGGUCUCUAGAGUACAGAGACAGGAUGCCUUCUGGGAAAAACUUCACCCGAACCUGCACGUUAGUUAAGUUUAGUUCUCACUGCCGACGCGUGGCCAAAUUAAAGUGAGUUUUCGGCGGCUUUAAGAGGUCGGACCCCCGUCUUUGAUGGGUCUUUCCGAGGAUCCACACGUUGAUCAUCGUUAAGCCUUACAUUUAUGAAUGUAUUCUUCGUUUUGAUAGUGCCUGGUCUGAAAUAAGCUCCUCACUAAGAGACCCGGUAAGACCGAAUGAAGAGCGGGAACUCAGGCCAAGAGGACGUUGUUUAUUUUCUGAAUUGCAAACAUGAGAUUUACAUUUUCAUAGUCAACAAAAGUGUAUAUGGUUUUAAAUGUCAAUAUAAUGUUUGUUUAAAAAUAUAAAGAUUUCAUAAAAAAAAAAGAGAGCGUUUGUAUUGUUUGUAAGUAUGGCGCAUGAAAUGUGAAGACGUGAAACACUGGCGCCACCCCGCUGCCAGGGGAGGUCACGACAUGAAGGCCUCCAGGCUAAAGCAUGAGAAAUUACCGUUAGCUUUUCAGCCAAUCCCGGUGAGGUGUAUGUGGUGGGUUUUAACGUGUUGUAAAUGCAUUGUAUGUAUAACCUAUUGUGACGAUAUUCAGCACUUAACAAAGCACAAAAAUCAAGUUAGAAAAAAUUGAGAACAAAACAUAAAGCUACAUGUAUAUUUGAACAAGUGCACCUAAAAUUAAUAACAGUAAAACAUCAGCACACUAUCUCAUCCACGAGUCAAAGGUGAACUAAGUGAAGGAUUUAGAACACAUUAUAAUCCAGUGUGUCACCCUUCCCAAGUGCAUUUGGACGUAAACGACUGUAUUGUAAACAACAACAGUGACACUACAGUGGAAAAAACAUUUGAAAAGUGUAUGAAAAUCAAGUUCAACUAGAUAGUAGUCAUCCUGGUAAAACGUAUUCAACCGGUAAAACGAAACGAUAUGACACACUUUUAAAUUAAACUUCACUCUAAAACCAGUAUUAAUUUAAAAUCCCGUUCAGUGCCUUUCCUCAACAACAAUAAAGAGACGGGUAUUUAAGUCACGUAGCGUUCUGAAUCCGAAACAGUUUCAUCAGUGGCCACAGGGCAGGAGGCCAACACGGAGCUGAGCGGCCGCUCCAGGGCGCCCCCUAGCGGUAGGAAGCAGUCACGGCGCUGAACGGCUGCUCCAGGGCGCCCCCUUGCGCCAGCAGGCCGUCAUUCAGGCAUGCCUUAAGGGCAGGGUAGUCAGGUGUGUCUGUGUAUCCCAGAGCCAUCACCUGGGUUACAUACUGCUGCACCACACCUGCGGCACGACAAAAACAUAUGCACCAUUACACACACGCACAAACACACGGUAACACACGCACAAACACACACAAAUAAACACAAACACACACCCACAAUCACACACACAACCUGUCAUUAACCUGUGUGUUGGUUCACCCUAACAGACAAACCAGUUUCACUCACUGGAGACUCUCUUCUCCCCGAAGCAGCUGCUGAGCAGAGUGGGAACGUC